AUGAUAAGUCACCCUUUCAGCAAGGAAUUCAUAGCAGCUGUAGGAUUUGAGAUACAGACUCUGAUCAAAAAGGAGACGUUCUCACAGGUUCCAACCCCGAACGAGAGAGGUACACAAGUCUUACCCCUGAAGUGGGUAUUCACAUACAAAUUUGAUGCAGACGGCGUGCUUGAGAAGUUCAAAGCACGAAUAUGCGUCCGCGGAGAUCUUCAAUGGAUGUCUACCGAAGAGAAAAGAGCCGCCACGCUAGCCGUUAAGACGGCGAGAGCGAUAUUUGCGUUAGUGGCAGCCUUCGACCUCGAUAUGAGACAGCGAGAUGUCGUUACAGCGUUCUUGAACUCAGUCCUACAAGGUGAGGUAUAUACCAAGUGCCCGCCAGGAUUUGAACGAGAGGGCUAUUGCUGGCUAUUACACAGAGCUCUCUACGGAUUACGCCUAUCACCAAGACUAUGGCAGCAGGAAGCGACCCGGGUACUAGUCAAACUAGGCCUGAUUCCUGUCCCUGAGGAUCCCUGCAUCUUCACGAUGGACGGGAUCAUCGUCUUCUUCUAUGUGGACGACAUCAUCAUCGUCAACCACCCAGAUCCUACAUAUACUAAGAAGGCUAUACAAUUGGAUCUGGACAUCAAGAAACAGUGGGAAUUAAGAGAACUAGAUGCCAGUUGGUUCUUGAAUAUCCGUAUCAUCAGAGACAGAGACCAGAAGAAACUAUGGUUAUGUCAAGAUAGCUACAUUGAGAGCAUGGCGAUGAAAUAUAACCUCGUCACCGCAAGAAACGUGGGAUUACCACUAGGAAUUGAACCUCUGGUCCCCUAUGAUGGAGUGGCUACACCGAGUCAGAUUCAUGGUUUCCAGGCCAAAGUGGGAUCUGCUCAGUAUACCACUACCAUUACGAGACCAGAUGCUGCAAAAGCAACCUCUAAAGUGGCUGAAUUCCUAACAAAUCCCGGUCCUAAGCAUAUUAAUGCUGUAGAUCGGAUCAUCCAAUACCUAUACGAAACUAGGUUUUGGGCCAUUGAGUAUGGAAUCAGAAACCAUGCAACAACCGAAACAGGCCUUACCAUUGCAGCGAAAUCCAUUGAAUUUGCAAGUGACGCUUCGUUCGGAGACAACCGCGACAGAAAGAGUUCUGAAGGUUACCUCUGUAAGCUGUACGGAGGCCCUAUAGACUGGAAGGCGACGAAACAAAAGACCGUCACCACGUCUACCACAGAAGCAGAGCUCCUCGCGUUAGCAGAAGCAGGCAAAACCGUCCAGUGGUGGCGCCGAGUCCUCGAAUCCUUGGGUUUCAAACCCGACCAUCCACUCUCCAUUAUGUGCGAUAACCAGCAAACCGUCGAUUUGUUGACAAAGGAGGGAGCGGCGAUGCAUACGAAGCUGCGGCAUGUGGAUAUUAACCGAUGCUGGAUGAAACAGGAGGUUAGUGAAGGUCGAGUCCAUGUCAAUUGGAUUCCAACUGCCGACAUGCCGGCAGAUGGCCUCACAAAGAGCUUGCCAAAGCAAAAGCAACACCUGUUUCGAGUCCUCCUUGGGAUGAGAGACAUUAGUGAGCGGAUCAACCAAGAAAACAGAGGUUGA